AUGCUGUUCACAGACAACUUCAUCCAUGCCGAUCUUCAUCCUGGGAACAUUCACUUUCACAGGCGCCGAGUUGGGACAGAGUCUGGACCUUUGCAGUCAGAGCUGGUAAUCUUUGAUGCCGGCUUGGCCGUGCAAAUGUCUGCGCAGGACCGCCGGAAUUUUGUGGAUGUCUUCUAUGCACUCACCACGAAUAACGGGAAGCGGGCUGCGGAGCUUAUGGUGGAGCGAACACCCGGGGAUCGCUCGCUUGUUCGUGACGAGGCCGGAUUUGUCGCAGAGGUUGGCAGACUUGUCAGCCAAGUGUGUGACAUGGGUUUGGCUCUCGGGAAGGUGCGACUGGGUGAAUGCUUCGGGCAGAUGCUUUCGCUGGCGUGUGAACACCGCGUGAAGCUGGAAGCCAGCUUUGUCACCGUGGCGUCCAGCAUCAUUGUGCUCGAGGGCGUGGGGCGACAGCUGAAUCCCAUCGUGGACCUAGCUGCGGCUGCCAGGCCAAUGCUCGCUGAGGCCGUCGCACAGCGAUGGAAUGCCUGA